AGUGUCGGAUCCACUACUUCCUGUUUCUCAGGGCUUUUGUACGUUUUUAGAGGAUGACCAAGGAAACUGGCAAAAAUUGUGUAAUUCUUUGGAAUUCUUACUGUACAGUAGCAUCUAUGAACAUCAGAAAACUAUUCAUAUAGGAAUAUAUCCACUGUAUUUUAAAACGCAGGAUACAGUUACUCCUUCACGAUGGCGGAUCCUCAUAUGCACAUCACACAGAUAUCAAGCUCAGAUGAUCAACCAAGUGAACCUACAGUACAUCAAUUCAAAAACAAACACCUUAAAAAUCCAAAAGGGCCAGACACAGAAAAGGAAAAGCCUCACUUACUUCGUCGUAUUGCCAGACUUGUGUCUAGAAAGCGUAGGACCAAAGGACAAUCCAUAGUUCAAGAAAGACAAGGGACUUGCAAUAGGGACUUUGGGCUUAAGUCAGGAGGCGUGUCCAGCGACCGUGAAGUAUAUAAACUGCUUGGGCACUCUCAAACUUUGGGAGAAGCACUGUUGUCCACGGAGAUAGCAACAGCGACUUUGCGGCACAUCACAUUCAAAUUGGAUGAUCAAACAUGUGACCCUACAGUACGUGGAUUCAAGAAUCGUAGGGAAAUUAUACACCUUGAGGAGCCAGAAGAAUUAUUCACACAGAUAUCAAGCUCAGAUUAUCAACCAAGUGAACCUACAGUACAUAGAUUCAGGAACAUUGGGAAAAUCGAACACCUUAAGAAGCCAGAAGAACACAUCGUGUCAUUAUCAGAUUCAGAUGAUGAGGAAUACACGGGGAUGUUGGGUAUGAAUUUCGAACACAUCAUGUCAUCAUCAGAUUCAGAUGAUGAGGAAUACAUGAGGAAGAUGGAACACAUCGUGUCAUUAUCAGAUUCAGAUGAUGAGGAAUACACGGGGAUGUUGGGUAUGAAUUUCGAAUGGCUUCGUAAAAAGAGAUGGCUUGAAGAUCUUUCUGUUGUUACAUCAGUAUUUUCAAGGACUCCACAUGGGAUGACAGAAUCUCAGAAAAUACAUCAGUAUAAGCUGUCAAUCAUACAGAAGUAUGAGAGUGAAUGGAGCUCACUGACUGGUGAAAAAGAGUCAGUGUCUUCCCUGUAUAAUGAACCCUUUCUCAUUGAGAAAAAUGAAAAUGGCCCCUUUAAGAACAUCAGUGUGGAUGGAUUGUUUUGGUCAUUUGAUUCAGUCAUUCUUCAAGGUGACUCUGGCAGUGACAAGUCUUUCAUAGCACAAAGGAUCAUGUUGAACUGGGCAUUUGAAGAGUUGUCUGCUAGUCAUUUUAAUCUAAUUUUCUAUCUAAGUUGUGAAGAGCUGAUGUGUAUUUCUGAGGAGUUUAACUUAUUUAAGCUGUUGAGCUACAGUUGUAGUUUGACAUCAGAUGAGAUCUCACAGGUACUACAGCAGUCACCAGAGAAGGUGCUUUUUAUCAUUGAUGGAUUUGACGAGCUGAGACUUACACAGGAUGUUUAUGACAUGUCAGCAAACACUGAUCCGCUUCAAAAAGCCCCACCUGAGGUCAUUCUUUGUGGCCUUAUGAGGGGAUACCUCAUUCCUGAGUCCAAACUGUUGGUCACCACCAGAACUAGGAACACAGUGAACAAGCUGCUGAAAGGACAACCAUGUUUCACUGAGAUCAUGGGUUUCUCUGAGAAGAAGGUGGAGAUGUACUUCCAGAAGUUCUUCAGCAAAGAGUAUGACUGUGUGAGAGGAAAUGAAACCCUCCUCACUUCCUGCUCCGUUCCUGUUACCUGCCGGAUGAUCAGUGAGAUGUUCAAGGUCGGUGCAGAUGUAACAAGUGGACUGGAAACCACCACCUCCAUCUAUGUUGAUUUUGUGUCCACUCUACUGGAGCAUCACUGCCAGGGUUUGAGUCAGUCUGUCUCAAGCCUGCUGAGGAGUCUGGGUCAGCUGGCAGAGAGAGGGAUGCUGGAACAACAAGUGCUGUUUGAUGAGAAAACUGUGAAUGAAACCAUUUCAGACCCUGAUGGGAAUCCAUUCCUGUGCAAGUUUCUCUCUAAGAGAAGAAUCCAUCAGGAGACGAUGUUCAGUUUCAUGCAUAUCAGCUUUCAAGAGUUCUUCACCGCUCUCUACUAUGUCCUCCUGAAUGAAGAAGAGUCCCAGCAGAAAGUGAGGGAGCUGCUUCACACUGUAGAGAGAGGAUGGGCUUUAUCUUGUUGGCCUCAUAAAGAAUUAUCAAUGGCAGAUGUAGAAAUAACACAUGCAAAGCUGCUGCAGCCUGUGAUUCUGUUUCUCUGUGGUUUCUGUAAGAAAGAAUGGAUCCCAUCAUUCUUUGAAAAGCACAACAUGGCUGUCUCUGUGAACAUAGAAACCCAGCUUAAGGAGUGGAUCAAUCAGUGUUCACAGAGAUAUCAAAAUGAACACAUGCUGUUCAUUCUCCAUUGUCUCUAUGAGCUCCAGGAGAAGAGCUUUGUUGGAAAGGCGUUGGAUGGUUUGGUUUUGAUAGAUCUGUCGGAUAUACCUCUAAAAAGGACAGACUGUUGGGUGUUGAAGUACUCUUUACAGUGCUAUGAACACAUCAGAAACCUGAAACUCCAUGUAACAUCUGGUAAUCUGAAGAUGCUCCAGCCUGAACUGUACCGCUGUAAAGAGCUGUGGUUGUCGAUGAAUCGCAUUUCAGAUGAUGUUGUUGGUUUGGUCUCAGCUGCUGCUGAAGGAAAGAUUCUGAAUAAACUCAAUAACAAGUUUGAAAUCCUUAGAAGUGGAUUACGAGAGAUCACUGUGUCAGUCAGAGAUGGAGACAUCACCUUGUCUUUUAGCACAUCGGAUUUCACAUCAUCAACCACGGAAUUAACUUUAACCUCUCCUUGCUCAUUUAUUUCUACCAUCAACUGGGUGAAAUCACAGUUGUACUGUUACAGAUAUUUACAUUUUAAGCAAAAUAGACUGUUGACGUUCCUGCAAUCAGUGUCUGGUUUGAAGAAAGUCUGUCUGCAGGAUUCACAUCUGACUAAAGCAUUUGCCUCUGAAAUACUGUCCUUCAUUCAGGCCUGUCCCAGUUUGAAUGAACUCAGUAUAAAUGCAGAACAUCAAUUCAUGUUGCGGGAAAUCCCUUCCAUUAAGACAUCAUUGGAGAAGAUUGGUUGGACUCUGACCAUCUGGGGAAAAUUAGCAUUGAUCAAGCCAUACAUGGAGAGAUUCACAGAGGAGAAGCUGAAGACAAAGCAGGAAAAGAUAGGAGAGAGCUCAGAUUCUGCUUUAAAAGAUGAAACAUCUGCAUACUCAGAUCUCAGAAGAUUAUCAGAAGGCACACUAAAAUUUCAAGGGACUCAACACAGCCAGUUUUGGAAGACAGGAUAUCAGGCGACUGUACAUCAGUAUAAGCUGUCAAUCAAACAGAAGUAUGAGAGUGAGUGGAGCUCACUCUCUGAUGAACGAAAGUCAUUGUCUGCCCUGUAUAAUGAACCAGUGAUCAUUCAGAAAAAUGAAAAUGGCAGCUUUAAGAACAUCAGUGUGGAUGGAUUGUUUCAGUCAUAUGGAAAGACUGUCAUUCUUCAGGGUGAUUCUGGCAGUGACAAAUCCGUUAUAGCACAGAAGAUCAUGUUGGACUGGGCAAAUAAAGAGUUUAUUUCACAUAUAUUAUUUAAUGUAGUUUUCAGUCUGAGGUGUGAGGAGCUGAUUUGUGUUUCUGAGAAGGUGAAUUUAAUUGAGGUCUUGAGCUGCAGUUGUAGUUUAACAUUUCAUCAGAUCUCACAGAUACUACAGCAGUCACCAUGGAAGGUGCUUUUUAUCAUUGAUGGAUUUGAUGAGCUGAGACUCACACAGGACAUUUUUGACAUGUCAGCAAACACUGAUCCACUUCAAAAAUUCCCACCUGAGGUCAUUCUGUUCCUUGUGAGGGGAUUCCUCAUCCCUGAGUCCCAACUGCUGGUCACCACCAAAACUAAGAACAUAGUGAACAAGUUGCUGAAAGGACAACCAUGUUUCACUGAGAUCAUGGGUUUCUCUGAGAAGAAGGUGGAGACGUAUUUCCAGAAGUUCUUCAGCAAAGAAUAUGACUGUGUGAGAGCAAAUGAAACCCUCCUCACUUCCUGCUCCAUCCCUGUUAUCUGCUGGAUAAUCAGUGAGAUGUUUAAAAUUGGUGAAAAUGUAACAAGUGGACUGGAAACCACCACCUCCAUCUAUGUUGAUUUUGUGUCUACUCUGCUGGAGCAUCACUGCCAGGGUUUGAGUCAGUCUGUCUCAAGCCUGCUGAGGAGUCUGGGUCAACUGGCAGAGAGAGGGAUGCUGGAACAACAAGUGCUGUUCGACGAGAAAAGUGUGAAUGAAACCAUUUCAGACCCUGAUGGGAAUCUAUUCUUGUGCAAGGUCCUAUCUAAGAAAAGAAUCUGUCAGGAGACGAUGUUCAGUUUCAUGUAUCAUAACUUUCAGGAGUUCUUUACCACUCUCUACUAUGUCCUUUUGGAUGAAGAAGAGUCCCAGAGCAAAGUAAAAGAGCUGCUUCAAAUUGUAGAGAGAGGAUGGGCUUUGUCCUGUUGGCCUCAUAGAGACUUUUCAAUGGCAGAUAUAGAAGUAAGACAUGCAAAGCUGCUGCAGCCUGUGAUUCUGUUUCUCUGUGGUUUCUGUGAGAAAGAAUGGAUCCCAUCAUUCACUGAAAAGCACAACAUGGCUGUCUCUGUCAACAUAGAAACCCAGCUUAAGGAAUGGAUCAGUACGUGUUCACAGAGAUAUCAAAAUGAACACAUGCUGUUCAUUCUCCAUUGUCUCUAUGAGCUCCAUGAGAAAAGCUUUGUUGAGAAAGUUUUGGAUAGUUUGCAUUUAUUAGAUCUGUCUGAUACUCCACUGAAAACAACAGACUGUUGGGUGUUGAAGUACUGUUUACAGUGUUGUAAACACAUCAGAAACAUGAAACUCCAUGUAACACCUGAUAAUCUGAAGAUGCUCCAGCCUGAACUGUACUGCUGUAAAGAGCUAUGGUUGAUUAUGGAUCACAUUUCAGAUGAUAUUGUUGGUUUGGUCUCAGUUGCUGCUGAAGGAAAAAUUCUGAAUAAACUCAAUAUAAAGAAGAUUGAAAACUAUAGACGUCUAAGUACAUUCCGCCCCGAGAUCACUGUCUCAGUCAGAGAUGGAGACAUCAUGUUGUCUUUUAGCCAAUCAGAGUUUACAUCAUCAGCCACAGACAUAACUCUAACCUCUCCUCGCUCAGUAAUUUCCACCAUCAACAAGCUGGAACUUUACAUAUAUGGAUAUCUUAGUUCUGAGGAGAAGGAAGUUGACGUUCGUCUUUUGACGUUUCUGGGAUCUGUGUCUGGUUUGAAGAAAGUCUCUCUGCAGGCUUCUUUAGAUCUGACUAUUACAUUUGCUUCUGAAAUCUUGUCCUUUAUUAAGGCCUGCACCAGCCUGAUUGAAAUCAGUAUAAAGGUCAGAGAUCAAUUCAUGUUGAAGGAAAUUGCAUACUUGAAGGAAUCAUUGAAGAAGAUAUGUUGGACUCUGACUGUCUGGGGGAAAUUAGUGUGGAUCAAGCCACACCCACGAACAGAGGAGCUGAAGACAAAGAUAGAAAAGAUAGAAGAGAGUUCAGAUUCUGUGUCUUGCUCAUCAUUAAAAGCUCAAUCAUCAGCACACUCAUUCUCAGAUGAUGUAGAAGUGUUCACACCAGAACUGAGAAGAUAUGAGGACAAACACAAAAAUGCAUACAAGUUUGUGUGUCCACAUGCUGGUCAGUUUCGUUGCAGUGUGACCAACGUUGUGUUUGUGAUGAAGGGGGGAGGAGAGGUGCUGUAUAACAUUGACUCAUGGGAUCCUCGUCUGUUAGAUGGUUUGGGUCAGAUGCAGCCUGCAGGACCCUUAUACAACAUUGACUGUUCUGCAAAAUCUGUCUCAGGCCUGCACCUUCCACACUGUGUCAUAUUCUCUGAGGAAAUUAAGGACGGUUUGGCUGUAGUACAUUUCACUGGCGGUAAUGUAGAAAUAAUACAGCCACUCAAAGUGACACAAACUCAUGUGAUGGUUGACAUCACAGACCUCAGCGGUUUUGGGCUCUGGAUAAGAAGCAAACUUAGCCCACAGAUUGAUGGUCAGGUUUUGCUCUUCCUUCGAACAUUAACUCUUGAAUAUGAAGAGAAAAUACUUAAUGUCCACCUGCUUCCAGGGAAUGUUCCAGUGUCAGAGGUCCAGCUCAAGCACCACGAUAAAACAUACAUUGAGACAAGUUCACAAUGUUGCUUGUUUCCUGAGAGAGAAUACAGUUUGUGUUGUCAGCAAGAGAAAUGUGUAGUACAACCAAUGAGUCAAAUGUUUAAGCUUAAUUUUGGUCCAAACUACCAUCCCACGUUUGAGGUGUUUCUGGAUGUCGAGAUUAAUGAUGUCGGACUAAGUAUUUUGGACAAAUCUAAAAAAGGGAAGGAAGUGUGGCAAAGACAGCGAAUCCCUCUUACAGCACCAAGUAAGAGUGUAGAACCUCCUGCACAGACAAGAAUCCCAGCAGAAGCUGAAUUUGUGAACACACACAAAGAUAAACUCAUUCAGAGAGUUUCAUCAGUGAUGCCGAUUGCUGACAGUUUGGAGAUCAAUAAAGUUAUUACGUAUGAAAUAUAUAAAGAGAUUAAAGCUGCAAAAACAUCACAGCAGCAAAUGAGAGCCUUGUUGGAUGCUCUUGAGUCUGGAGGAGAUAAGGCAAAAGUAAAAUUCUGCAGACUGCUAAAGGAGAAAGAACCUUUGCUAAUAGGUGACCUGGCACCUCAUUUAUGUACAGACGUACAGAUUUGAUCUUAGAGCAUGUGCAUGCUAAAAACCCAUGCCAACAUUCAGAUUUUCACAAAAACAUCCCUGACAUGGAAAAGUGCUUAGGACCAUGUCAGAUUCUAAGCAGACAUAUGCACUUUUCAGUGUCAAAGUCCUGCAGGUAUUUAGAAAGUAAUUGUUAAUGCUCAACAUUCUCAAAUAAAGCAUUUGGAUGUUGACUGGUGCUCUUUUAUAUGCUGAUGACUUUAAUUUACAAGGUGGAGAUCUACAACUGUUCAACUUCACAACUUCAAGGUCAUUUGCAAUUUAUAAUUUUCACAUCUGGAAGAGAGUUGUAAUGUGUCACAAAUUUAAAGUAUUCUAACUUCUAUUAUAUAAUGUUUUAUACUAUAUAACCAGAUUAAAAUUAAAUUGUAAUUCCCAUAUUUUCAUCUUGGUCUCCACGAUAUAUGUGCAUGUUGAUUAUGUCAAUGUAUUUUUUUAUAUGGUAUGUACUGUAUAACAAAAUGAGUCACUAUGAAAGAUGUUUUUAU